CCUCCACCCGCGCCCGCCGCCAGGGGUUACCUGCGGCCGGUGGGCGGGGCGGCCCUUCCCGUCUGCGCCGGCCCCCGGCCUCCAGGGCGGCGGAGCCGGGAAGUGGGAGAGGGAGCGGAGGAGGCGGAGACUGCCGCGGCUGCUGCCCGGCCGGGCUCCGAGCGAGGGGCUGCAUGGAGCGGCCGGCGCGGCUCUACGGGCUGUGGGCGCUGCUGUUCUGCGCCGGCGGCGGCGGGCUGGCCGCGCCCGCAGAAACUCAGCCACCUGUGACGAAUUUGAGUGUUUCUGUCGAAAACCUCUGCACAGUCACAUGGACGUGGAAUCCUCCUGAGGGAGCCAGCCCGAAUUGUAGUCUAUGGUAUUUUAGUCAUUUUGGCAACAAACAGGAUAAGAAAAUUACUCCAGAAACACAUCGUUCAGAAGAAGUGCCCCUGAAUGAGAGGAUUUGUUUACAAGUGGGAUCCCAGUGCAGCACCAAUGAAAGUGAAAAGCCUAGCAUUUUGGUGGAAAAGUGCAUCUCACCCCCUGAAGGUGAUCCCGAGUCUGCUGUUACUGAGCUACAAUGCGUUUGGCACAACCUGCGCUACAUGAAGUGUACCUGGCUCCCUGGAAGGAAUACAAGUCCUGACACUAAUUAUACUCUCUACUAUUGGCACAGCAGCUUGGGACAAAUUCUUCAGUGUGAAAACAUCUAUAGAGAAGGUCAACACAUUGCUUGUUCCUUUGCUCUGACUAAGGUGAAGGAUUCCAAUUUUGAUUCCAGUGUCCAAAUAAUGGUCAAGGACAAUGCGGGAAAAAUCAGACCAGCCUUCAGCAUAGUGCCUUCAAGUUCUCAUGUGAAACCUGAUCCUCCGCAUAUUAAAAGUCUCUCUUUCCAAAAUGGUGACUUGUAUGUGCAAUGGAAGAAUCCACAGAAUUUUUAUAGCAGAUGCUUGUCUUAUCAAGUAGAAGUCAAUAACACCCAGGCUAAGACACAUGAUAUUUUCUAUGUUGAAGAGGCCAAAUGUCAGAAUUCAGAAUUUGAAGGGAACCUAGAGGGUAUGAUUUGUUUCAUGGUCCCCGGUGUUCUUCCUGAUACUUUGAACACAGUCAGAAUAAGAGUCAAAACAAAUAAGUUAUGCUAUGAAGAUGACAAGCUCUGGAGUAAUUGGAGUCAAGCGAUGAGUAUAGGUCAAAAGGCCAAUCCAACAUUCUACAUAACCACAUUGCUCAUCAUUCCAGUCAUUGUUGCAGCUGCAAUUAUAGUCCUUCUGCUGUAUCUGAAAAGGCUCAAGAUCAUUAUAUUCCCUCCAAUUCCUGAUCCUGGCAAAAUUUUUAAAGAAAUGUUUGGAGACCAGAAUGAUGAUACCCUGCACUGGAAGAAGUAUGACAUCUAUGAGAAGCAAACCAAAGAAGAAACUGACUCUGUAGUGCUGAUAGAAAGCCUGAAGAGAGCCGCUCAGUGAUGGGGAUAAUUUAUUUUAACCUUCAAUGUGACCUUGUGAAGAUUCAUUUCGUUCUCCAUUUGUUAUCCGGGAACUUGUUAAAUGGCAACUGCAGCUACUGGACCAUUUAAAAACAGGCAGCUCAUAAGAGCCACAGGUCUUUAUGUUGAGUCGUGCCCCGAAAAACCAAAGAUAAUGGGCCCUUUGGAGAAAAGAGUGGAGUCCUUCUCGUUGCAUUAUAAAAGCAGACAUCUUUUGCAAAGGCUUCAAACUAGGGGACAAAAGCAAAAAGCGAUGAUGGCAGCCAAGUUAGUCUUAUCAAGAGGUGUGACAGCUUCCUGAGGGAUCUCUGCCUGCUUUGUAUUCUUUGUCUCAAAUAAUACCAACAGGUUUUAUUUAUAGGAGAACUCAUGUUGGGUACAAAUGCUAAAGUCAAAGUUGAGUCACGGACAACAUCUAGCAAACAAAAUUGAUAAAAUCUGUUAUCCAUUGCUUGGGAGCCCAUUGAGUAAUGGCUCUGGCUAUUAAAACUCUUAAUCGUCCAGAAUCACCAUCCCCUUCAGCAGCAUUUUCCUCUGCUUUGAAAGGCCCAGGCAUCCGUGUUGGCCGUGGUGAUGAUGACAGAAAAAGCAGAGGCAGCUUCUUUACCAAGACCUUUCAAAGCCAUCGCAGGCUUUUAGUGGCAGUACAGGCGGAACGACUUACUGGCUCUUAGAGUUUGAACCACAGUCCCUAAUGAAGUAUUAUUUUCUUUGCUUCACCUCUGCUACCCAAAUCAAGCAUUUACUCCUCGCCCAGAUCAUACUAGGCCCACGGGUGUGAGGCACAGACUCCCUGAAAGAAUUGACAGUCAGGUUGGGGCUCCUCAGGUCUUUCUCCCCACCAGUCAUUUCCCGGCCCUUUCAGCUCCCCAGUCCCAGCCCGUCUGCAUCUCCCUCGUUCCCUUCUCCAUAGUCUUUGACCCUCAGUAGCAAUUAGAUCAUAAAUCUGCUCAGAACACCUAGUGGAGCAGGGAGUAAAUUGCAUCUCAGGUAAAGUGUGAGUCGACUGAGAAACCAUGACUAAGUUCCGAAUAUUUUGUCACUUCUGUGUGAGUCUGCGUUUCUUUGAGGGUUUGCAGCAUUUAGUAUUUCUCUACGCAUUUUCUAACAGAAAGAAGGUAUUAUCUUCACCUAGAACUCUACUGUUUGCUUGAGAAAAAAAAAAAUAAUAGUCGUCUUUCUCUUUUCCCUUAUUCCCACAAAUGGUUGUUAGUAGGUUUCAUUUCUUGUAUUCAUAGCCAGCCCGCCAAAGCUCCAAUGUUUGUUCAUUUGUUUGUUUGCAUAUGUUAGGGCUCCAUUCUCACUCAUCCCCGCAACAUAUCCAUAUAUAUGUAUAUAUAUAUUCCCUCUACUCCUCCUACUUCCCCCAAAUUUCCAGUUUGGAAAUGAGAAGUUCCCCUCCCGUGUUUCUGUGCUCACACAGGUAGACUCAGAUUACUGGUAGGAACUUGAGAACUUUAGAGCACAAGUUCUCCAAACAGUCAUUCAUCCGUUUGUUCUCAUAAGGCUACUUCCAGUUCCUGCUCUUAGGGGAAGGGAGAACAGAGAUCCCUGCUCUUUACAGGUUGGGGCAAAAAGUGGCAACGUGCUGGCACCACAGUGGAGGAGCACUAUGCCCCGGGAAUUUUUGAGGAAGUUGGAGUUCAUGGCAGUGGGAGAUGUCAAGGGGUUUCUUCCCUGUGCUUUUGUUUUUGAGGUCAGGUUGAGGCCGGGAGACAGGCAUGGUGUUCCGUUUUGUCUUACUCUUCUCUAAAAAGAAUAUUUGAUUUUCCCGUGUAAGGAUGAGAUUACUUCCUAGCCAGGUCUUAUAAUUCUGAGAAACAAAACACCUAAGUGCCUCGACCAAAGCCAUUUUUCCUGUCAUCCGAUUUAGGUGGCAUUGGGGAGGAUACUUUGAUAUUCUGAUUACCCAAGGAACAAUGGCAGUCCUGCAGCCUGGGAGAGGGGAAAUUGUGUGUUUUGUUUCCAUCUUGCUCUUGUAGCAGUAAACUAGUUGAGGGAAAGGGGGGGGCAGUGAAUUAUGGGAGUACCUAUGGUGUUUUAUAAUGGCUGCAAAGUGAUCCCCAGGUCCUGAGAGCUUUAAUACAUCAGUGGAAUUCCCAUGACCUAUAGGAAACGAGUAGAUUCAUGUACUCUUUUAUGUCUAACCUAUAUGGAUUUUUUUUCUCCACAUAUCUAAGUAAACUCAUUAUAAGAAUGGUCAUUCUGAUUCUUUCAUUCAGAUAAGUUUUUUCUUCAUCUGGGCACUGAAGGGAUACGUGAAACAAAGUUAACAUUUUUGGUAAUGUCUUCCGCUGGGGAUCAUUUUGUUUAGCUUCUUAUAGGAAAGCUUGAGUAAAAUAAAUAUUGUCUUUUUGUAUGUCA